AUCCAUACAUCCUGUACAUCUACAGACACUGCCGAAGUCAUUAAACUCACAAAACAGACUUAUCCCUGACAACCUCUGAUCUUCUACAUGUUUAGAUUGUGGAAUGAAGUCAUGUCAUAUAUGGAGGUCCAUCAUCUAGACCGGAAUACUUUGUCCUCUAAUCCAUGAUCUAUAUUUUCCAUCACCACUAAAGGACUUACUGAUGUCUCAGCAAAGAUUUGGUAUCACCAUGAGGAAGAGACUAACGAAUGAGCUAUGCCUCCAUAUGGGAUGCUUGGAAUGGACGGAGGAGGAGGAGGGGGCCAGUAUGGAUCUACUGCAACAAAGGAGGAUCCAGGAGAUGCCCAUUUUUCAGGCUGCAAAAGAAAACAAUGUUGAACUUCUCAGGGAAAUCUUAGCAUCCGAUAAAUGCGACCCUUUUCAGAGAGGGGCACUAGGAGAAACGGCUCUUCAUAUGGCAACACUACAUGACAACCUGGAAGCAGCUGAGAUCCUACUAAAUGAGGCUCCAUAUCUUCUGAACCUCCCCAUGACCUCUGAGCGCUACCAAGGACAGACAGCGCUGCACAUUGCCACCGUCAAUCAGAACAUGAACUUGGUGAAGAUGCUGAUACAACGAGGAGCGGAUGUGUCGUCUCCGAGGGCUACCGGCAGCUUCUUCGUUAGGAAACCAAAGGGCCUCUUCUAUUUCGGGGAGCAUAUUUUAAGUUUUGCUGCUUGCGUGGGGAACACUGACAUUGUCAAACUACUGGUUGAGAAUGGAGCAAACCUACAGGCUCAGGACUGCUGGGGGAACACCGUGCUGCACAUUCUGACCCUGCAGCACAACAAGACCCUCUCCUGUCAGAUAUACGAUCUCAUCAUGUCUUGUGACACCAAGCAGAAAGGCUUCGCUUUGGACCAAAUCCUAAACAAUGAAGGACUGACACCAUUCAAGAUGGCGGCAGCUGAAGGCAAUGUCGCUAUGUUUCAGCACCUUCUAAAAAAAAGAGUCCGAACUGUUAAAACGUUGGGCCCAAACACUUACACGCUCUACGACCUCACAGAGAUCGACUCCUGGGGGUCCUCGUGUUCAGUUCUUCACCUGCUGGUGACGUCUAAGAAGGCAGAGGCGCGCCGAAUUGUUGAUAUUUCCCCCGUGAAAGAGCUGCUGAGCGAGAAAUGGCAGAGGUUUGGGCGGCCAUAUUUUUGGUCCCUGGCAGCCAUCUAUGUGCUGUACAUGAUUUGCGUGUCUUUGUGCUGUGCUAACCGACCCCUGCAGCCUCUGCGGAACCUCUCAACCAACCCUCGAGACAUCACCAUCAUGGAACAGUUGGAUCUCCAGGACUCGUAUAACAGGCCGGGGGAUGAGAUGCGACUAGUGGGGGAGAUUAUCUCAGUGGUUGGAGCGCUGGCGAUGUUAAUUGUAGAGAUCUCGGUCCUGAUGAGCACCCCAAUCAUCUCCUUACUCCAAGACAACGUUUCCGGAGGACUUUUUCACUUUAUCCUGGUUUUCUUCAGUUGCUCGGUGCUCCUAACACUUGCCCUGAGACUCACCAGCUCGGGCGGAGAGGUGAUUCCCAUGUCUCUGGCUCUGGUGUCCGGAUGGUGGUAUGUUUUGUACUUCGCUCGAGGGUUUGAGAUGUUGGGACCCUUCACUAUUAUGGUUCGCAAGAUCAUAUUUGGUGACCUCCUGAGGUUCUGCUGGCUCAUGCUGGUGGUCAUUGUCGGCUUUGGAACAGCAUUGUACAUAGCAUUCCAGACAGAGGAUCCAAAUCAGUUGGGGGUGUUUUACAGCUAUCCUAUGUCACUCUACAGCACAUACCAGCUCUUCAUCAAUGUCAUCAACUCACCGGCCAACUACGAUGUAGACCUACCCGUCAUGUAUGGUGUGAUAUAUUUCCCCUUCACCUUAAUCUCCAACGUCAUGAUGCUAAACCUAUUAAUUGCCAUGAUGGGGGAUACCCAUUGGAGGUUGGCGCAGGAGCGAGAUGAGCUGUGGAGGGCCCAGCUUGCUGCAACCACAGUGAUGCUGGAGAGUAAACUUCCUCAGUACUUUAUACCUCGCCUCGGUGUUUGUGGAUCUGAAUACGGGCUUGGGAACCGCUGGUAUUUUAGUGUGAAGGACUCCCAGGAAGAACAGAAUUUGGAGGCCCUGCCUAUGCAGGGAGGUGUAUCAUCCGAGGCUGAGACUAUCAAGAAUAUUUCCACCACAAGCGGCAACAAGAAUAGUGGCGAGGAUCAAAAUCCCCAACCAAUGAGAAGAUCCAGUCGGGGCUGGCAGAUCCUCCGCCAAGCCACCAUCGAUCAUUUACAAGGCACUUCUAGCCUCCCCAGAGACUCAGAGCCAGAAGUCUACUACAUUUAGUGUAUCUAAGUUCAAUGUAACUUUGACGAUGCAUGCCUUGCAUAUCGGACUGCACCUUUCAAUGGAAAAAAUACACUUGAAUGCAACCAAAGUGUAGAAUGCACAUGGGCUUUUUCCUGUGCAGGGUGCCGGUUUGAGCACACGCUGCUGAAAGCAAUGGAUUUUCUUAUGUCCAAGCAUUUGGCCUCAAGUGCCUUUCCGGGAAAACUGAACACCUCCUUUCUGGGACACUACCAUGCAGGAACACAAAGGGUUCCAUACAUUUAGGAAGGAGAAGGUAAUCCCCAGGCAAACUUUUUUUUUUUUUUUUUUUUUUGAGGUUGGCUUUUAAAUUUUCGUCAUGCGAACAUUCAGAUAGAAAAGGAGGUCACUUUGGAGUUGAUUUACUAAAGACAAAUAGACUGUGCACUUUUGAAAGUUCAGUUGCCCCAGAGCUUAGUAAAUGA